AUGCCGGUGACGAGCAUAGUCGACGCGGGCCAACACACGCUCGACGUCGGCGCCAAACUCCUUCUCGUGCAGCUGGGGACCGGCUUCGACACAUUCAAGCUGGACGAAGACCUCCACCGCGUCCUGCACCUGGUGUGCGACGUCGUCGUCGCCCUCGGCCACCACGUCCGCGGGACAGAUGACCCGCCGAGACUCUCCGACAUCGUGCUGCAGCGUAACGCAGUGCAGAAUCAACUGCUCUGGCUGAAUCCUUGUUCUGCUUCUCUCCUACGCGGUGACACCAUAAACAACACCACGGUCAUUACCGUCACCAUCACCAUCACCUAG